AUGCGUACUUCUUUCACUAUAGCUGCGUUUACUCUUGCGGCUUCUUCUGCUGCCCAGGAAGCAGUUGAUUGCAAGAUUGUUGAGUUUCCAGUUUCGGUCACUGCCAGCAAUGAAGUUUUUGGAAGUUCCUUCGAUCCAGAAAGUGUUUCGUCAAUCGACCAAUUUCUCAGCCAGGGUCUAAGUACAGGAGCUGUUGACGUCGUUGGAGAGGCUUCAACAACUGCAAACUUCUCCAUCAGCGCCCAAUACUGUGCACCUGCGGGCGCAACUCAUCCCGAAUCUCUUCCGAUUCAACUGCUGGCCCACGGCAACACUUGCGACCGAACUGUAUGGGAUGCUCUCAGCAAUUCAGAUCUACAAGCCUCUGGAUACUCAUAUCAGCGAUUUUUUGCUUCGCAGGGAUAUGCAACCCUAGCGAUUGACCUUCCUGGUCAUGGCAAGUCGACUCUUCCUGACCCUAACACGAUUAUUCAGAUGGCGAUUGAAGCUGCAGUGAUCGACGCAAUCGCUGCCUCUCUCCGAUCUACAAGCAAUCCACUAGGGGUUUCUUUCUCCAAAAUUGUCUUUACAGGGCAUUCUUAUGGUUCAAUUACUGGCGUCGCUGCAGCUAGAUUUGCCCCCGAUUUCGUUGAUGCAAUUGUUCUGACAGGCUGGUCGGCGUUUGUUCCCUUGCCGAGCCCCUUGUUGCAGCUUCAGAUGCAGCCGGCCGCUCUGCUUUUUGAUCGUUUCAAAGGAUAUCCAUUGGGAUAUAUCACUGCUAGCAAUGAAACUGGCCAUGAAGAAAGUUUCUACGGCGGCGCAUACGAUCAUACCAUUCCGAAGAUAAGCUUCGACACGCAGGAUGUCAUGACAUGUGGAGAGGGCGGCAGUCUUGGAGUGGGCCUGCAACCCGCAACUGGAUUCACUGGCAAAGUCUUUGCUAUUACGGGAAGUGAGGAUAUUUUGUUUUGUAAUCCCAAAAAUGGUGCUUGCGCCGACCAGCUGGCAAAUUCGUCCUUCCUUUUUCCCAAUGCGACCUCAUUCCAGUCACAAGUCAUCGAUAACACUGGCCACGAUUUUAUGUUGCAUUUUUCUAGCACAGAAACUUUUGCGAAGAUUCAGCAGUUUCUUGUGAAUAAUGUUUAA